GCUUCUUGUUCUUGUCACCACGAUAUUUUUGACCUGCUAACAUCAUGGUAUUGACGUCGCAGAUAUUUCUUUACCUGCCUCUGUUCUAUGCAGGAUUGCUUGUGGCAAGAGUAGCACAUCGUUGGAUCAGGCAGGCUCCUCUCCGCAGGAUCCCAGGCCCACCGGUAGCUUCGUUCAUAAGUGGUAACCUGAAACAGAUUUUUGACGUCAACGGCUGGUCGUUCCAUGCCGAUAUAGUUCAAACCUAUGGAAGGGUCAUCCGGUUUUGGGGAUUGUUUGGUGAUGCUCAGCUGUACAUAAGUGAUCCAAAGGCUCUUUACAACAUUCUGAUCAAGGAUCAGGAUGUUUUCGAAGAGAGCUCUCCCUUCAUCAAAGGCAACCGUUUGAUCUUCGGCAUGGGUUUGACAUCGACUUUGGGCGAACAUCAUCGCCGCCAGCGCAAGCUGCUUAACCCAGUCUUCUCCACAAAACACAUGCGCUAUGUGAUUCCCAUCUUCUAUAGGAUCAGCCACCAGCUGUGUGAAGUAUUCAGGACCAAGGUCUCCGCUGGUCCGCAAGAGCUGGACAUCAUGGACUGGAUGAGUCGCAUAGCAUUGGAACUGAUCGGCCAGGGUGGUCUGGGGUACUCCUUCGACGCUCUCGACGAGGGUGUCAAGAAUGAGUAUGCCGAAGCAGCCAGGGAAUACACGCCGACGAAUGCAAGGAUGUUAUUCUGGAGACAAUUCGCCCCUUGGAUAGCCGAGCUCGGACCAUCCCCAGUCCGACAAUGGUUGGCAAGAACACUUCCUUGGAAGGACUUGAAUCGACUGGUAGAGAUCUCUGAAGCGAUGCACGUAAAUUCGUCAAGGAUCUUCGAGGAGAAAAAGAGGGCGUUAGAAAAAGGAGAUGAUGCUGUCAUGCAUCAAGUCGCAGAGGGAAGAGAUAUCAUGUCUAUAAUGUUGAAAGCCAACAUGUCAGCUUCUGAGGAUGCAAGGCUGCCGGAGUCGGAGAUUUUGGCGCAGAUGUCACUUCUCAUCUUUGCCGCAAUGGACACUACUUCGUCUGCCUUAGCUCGCAUCUUACAACUCCUCUCCGAACAUCAGGACGUACAGGACAGGUUACGGGAGGAGGUAAGGAACGCUUACAAGUCAUCCGAUUCCGGAGACUUGGACUACGACACGUUGCAUGAGCUGCCGUAUUUGGAAGCCGUUUGUCGCGAAACACUCCGACUAUAUUCUCCCGUUACCACCAUGCCCCGCAUCUGUCGUAAGGACGCCGUAGUUCCGCUCGACACCCCGGCCACAGUGGGCAGUUCACAAGUUUCCGAGCUCUUCAUACCCAAAGACACCACUGUAUUCGUCGGAAUAAAGGCCAUCAACACGGACCCGUUAAUCUGGGGCCCCGACGCCAAAGAGUGGAAGCCUGAGCGAUUCUUGAAGCAGCUGCCAGAAAGCGUGACGGAGGCGAAGAUUCCGGGUGUGUACGCUAAUCUCCUAACGUUUUUGGGCGGUGGGAGAGCUUGCAUCGGCUUCAAAUUUUCUCAGAUGGAGAUGAAGAUAGUCCUCUCCCUCCUCGUCUCAACUUUCCGCUUCUCUCCUUCCAACAAACCUAUCGCUUGGAAACUCGGUAACGUGGCUAUGCCAAUGAUUGAAAAUAGCGUCACUCCUGCCCUGCCGAUGAUUGUUUCGUUGGCUUAGGACGCAGUCAAGAAAGGCUUAAGGUUGUUGGGUGACGGCGGAGUGUCCGACGACGUUGGAUUUUGCUUUCCCAGUUAUGAGGUGUCAAUGCUCUGGACAAUAUAUGUACACCUCUGCACCGUCUUUAUCACCCUUUGAUAACUUCUGUUUGGGUUUAGAGUCAUGGAUCAUGUUCUCAUCUAAUUUCU